AUGCUGCAGCGGCUGGCAAAGCUACGUCCCAGAAGGUCCGGCAGUGGCUUGCUCGCUUCGCAAAUCCUCCACGACCCCAGCUUAGCUUGCAAAGGCGUCUGGCUCGGGUUCAGGGCCAACACCUUCCAAGAGUGCUACUGCCCGCGACCUGGUCGCCCCCUCAGCCCUGUCUGCAGAAAGUUGGUUCGGAGUUGGGAGCAGGAGGAGAGGCGAGGACGAGCCGAGGCCGAAGCAUUGCUGAUGGAGGACGCGGCGCUGCUGAAAAUGACCUACGUCUGUCUCUGCCAGCGAGAUCACACGCCUGCUUUGCGAUAUGCCAAGCGCAUACUGGACAAGAAUCAUUUGCUGCCUCCGCCUUCUGCUGAUUCACGACCUCCGGAUGACAAGCAGGAGCAGAUAAAGCGAAACUGGACCAUCCAGGCGCAGAAUCUGCCGCAUGGCAAGGAUGCGAAGGUGCUGACUAGAUUCGCAUCCUCCCUGGGCACAAUCGCCUCCGCGGUAUCCUACACUGCAGAGGCCCUGUCAAUGUCUGGCAAGGUGUUGGAGGCGAGAACACUCAUGACCAGCUUCGGCGACAAGACCUUCUGUAAGGCAGUUCAGCAGCAGGUGAGCUACAUCUCAGAGCAGGACCGAAAUCACACUGCGCCCAGCUCAACCAUGCUGUCCACCACUGUCAUGUACGAGCAGCGCGCGGACAAGAAGGAGGAUGGUGUUUACGAAGGCUGCCACAAUUCACAGCUCAACAACCAGCCGCCGACGACCAACCUCGGUGGCAUCACGCCGCCCAGCUUCUCCAUAAACUGCGCCUCCGCUGCCCACCAGGGCAAGGAGCGGGAUGCAAAGGAUGGAAAAGAUGGAAAAGAUGGAAAGGAUGGAAAGGGUGAGAACGAGCGUGAGAAGACGAAGGACGGCUCUUAUGCUCUUCUUGUUGCGUACGAGUCGACAAUGUUCCCAACCUUGGGAGACAUGCAGUCGAUGCUGUACACCAACAUGGCGGCAGCCAUGGCGCAAGAUAACGCCCUAGAGGAUGCACGAAAAGUCUGCGACAAAGCGCUUCAGAUACAGCCAAGAGCGCUGCUUCCACUGAGGACGCUUGCCUUCCUGCUCAUGAAGCAGGGAAAUUCAGGUGAAGCCAUCAGGCGCCUGAAAGGAGAGAAGAAAGGACAGUGA